AUGUUGGUAUUCCGCCUUUACAUUCCUUUGCCUCGCUCGUUUCUCCCCGGGCGAGAAUUCGGUCUUACAUCCCUCUUAAAGUCUAUUUCCAGGCCUGUUGGAACCACGGCCAUCUUCACUUGCUUGGCCCAGGGGGAGCCGACGCCGCAGAUAACGUGGCUGAAGAAUGGGCAGAUUUUGGAACCAACGGACCACAUUAAGUUGAAGAACAACAACAGUUCGCUGACGAUCUCUGGCAUCAGCCAAGGAGACGAGGCCAUCUACCAGUGCAUCGCGGAAAACAGCGCCGGCUCCACGCAAGCCAGCGCCAGGCUGACGGUGCUUUGGGCCGAUGGCCUGCCCGGCCCGCCCCAGAAGGUGAAAGCCACAACUGUCUCGGCGACCACCAUCCAGGUGUCCUGGAGUGAGCCGCUGCAGGACACCAAGGAGAUCAUCGGCUACGUCUUGCACAUAAGGAGAGUGACAGACCCCGUGAAGAUGGAGUACCAAGAGGCUGUCAGCAAAAACACUUUCCAACAACUCGUGACAGACCUCGAACCCUCGACAAACUACAGCUUCUACAUUAAGGCGUAUACCUCUCGGGGUGCGAGCAGGGCCUCGGACGUCAUGGUGGUGAGCACGCUGGGGGAAGUGCCAGCCACCCCUUCUCCAUCUUCAGGAAGAACCAAUUUGCAAAGCACUUUUCUCCCUUUUAUAUCCUUAACUUCCUUUUCUUGCUCUUUGAAAUCCCACUGAGAUCAUGAUUGUUAGUUCUGUAUUUAAAAAGAGGUUUUUUUGGGGGGGAGGGAUUCUAGAUAUUUUGUAGGACGCUCUGUUUAGCUUUUUAGCCUGUGGCUACUUAUACGAGACAAAAAAAUAUACCUAGAAUAAACUAGAUCUGGUUCUUCA